GGAUAAAAGCGUCAAAGUCUGACCCCCGUCUACCCAGUCAGAAAGCAGAAUUGUAGUCUGGUUAAUUGCCACCUUUCCCCAGAUUACCGUUAAUUCUGCUCUGGUCUUCGCUUGUGGCUGACCCCCAUCUACAUCCACUUCUCUUCCUGCUGAAGCGAGUACUCGGAGACCAUGUCUGCACAACUCUUUUCAUCCACAAGCGAAGACGGAAGUCCUGAGUCAGGACCCAGUUUUAGAUCCCAUCAGAGGAAGAUAUUAAACCAGCUCCUGGAGAAAGACACUUCCUUUACCAUCACUGCAGAUCUUCCUAGAACUCCAGUGGACAAAGUUUUUGGUGAUUCUGCAAACCUAAGCAUUUUGUCUAGAAGAACCCCUAAAUGUUGCCUUGAUCUUUCGAAUCUUAGCAGCGGGGAGAUGUCUGCCACUCAGUUUACCACUCCUGCAGACCUUGAUGAAACUGGUCACUUGGAUUCUUCAGGACCUCAGGAAAUGCAGUUAGCUCAGAUGAAUCAUCACCUCAUAAAAUGCAGCCCAGCACAGCUGCUUUGUAGCACUCCAAAUGCUUUGGACCAUAGCAACAGGAAGAAAGAUGCAAUAUGUAGCUCAUCCACCAAUAAGGAAAAUGAAAACAACACUUUGAAGCCCUUGAAAUGGUGGGUACCCAGGAACCUGAAGUUUCGAAAGAGACCAGGGGGGCCUUACUUGUCUCCCCUUUCUCUCCUGGACAAUGGAAACUUGGUGGAAAGUGAAAUGAAAUAUCUGGGCAGUCCCAUCACUACUGUUGCAAAAUUGGAUGACAAUCCAGAACUAGGAGAAGAUUGGGCAGAGGAGAUUUCAGAUGAAUUGACAGAGUUUUCCCUGGAAGAUCAGGAAGAGGCCAAGGAAUGUGCACUGCCAACCGUGUCAGGGAGACACCAAGAUCUGAAGUACAUCAACCCAGAAACAGUGGCUGCCUUACUGUCGGGGAAAUUCCAGGGUCUGAUUGAGAAGUUUUAUAUCAUCGAUUGCCGCUUUCCAUAUGAGUAUCUGGGAGGACACAUCCAGGGAGCCUUAAACUUGUACAGUCAGGACGAACUGUAUAACUUCUUUCUGAAGAUGCCUAUUGUCCCUUUGGAUACCCAGAAAAGAGUUAUCAUCGUGUUCCACUGUGAAUUCUCCUCAGAGAGAGGUCCCCGAAUGUGUCGCUGUCUGAGAGAACAAGACAGGGCCCUGAACCAGUAUCCUGCAUUGUACUAUCCAGAGCUGUAUAUCCUCAAAGGGGGCUACCAAGACUUCUUUCCAGAAUAUACGGAGCUAUGCGAACCACAGAGCUACUGCCCUAUGCAUCACCAGGACCAUAAGGCUGAGCUGCUGAGAUGUCGAAGCCAGAGCAAAGCAGUGGAAGGGGAGCGGCAGCUGCAGAAGCAGAUUGCCUUGCUGGUAAAGGACGUGAGCCCAUGAUAACAGACCAGCUGCUGGCUGCCUAGGAGUCACCGAAAGAUACUGUAGAAACCCUGGACAGAAAGAGGCCAUCUUCCAAUGUGGCUAAACUCAAGACUGUUAAAAGAUGUCUGCAAACCAACAGGCUGCCAAACUGAUGAAAUCUUAGGCCUGAGGAUUGGUUAGGUUUCAGUAGAGCGGCUGGCUGGUGGUGAGUCCUGGAGCUGGCUCUCUAAGGCAGUAGCCUUGGCUUUACUGAGAUGUGUGUUGCUGCAGGGAGCAUUUGCAUUCUCUCCCUAACUACUUGUGUCUUCUCACAAGCCAGCCAGCUUCUGUCCCUGGGCUUCUGGCUGUGCAAGAGAGUUGCCCAACUUCUUUCUCUGUGCUUCCCUUCUUUGCCUACCCUCCCUCGCCUUUUUUUAAAUGGGAAAAUAAACAUUGUAGAAUGAGAGAUGUAGAAUGAUAGCCUAGUCUGCUCCUGGAAGAUUUAUAUAAAGAAGUAGAGAUCACCAAAUUAGAC